AUCUCUCUCAAAAACCCUUGUUGACUAGUGUUCAAAACAAAGUCCACCAUUUGUGUGGGUGGCAACAGGCGUCUUUAAAUCAGCCAGCUUUAAAUCGUGAAGUAGCCUACACAAUUCCUGAAGCCCAGUCGGGAUGCUUGGGUCGGUGGUGUUGUUGUGGCUCUUUAUCCUCCUUCUAUUCUUCUUCAUCAGGGUCCGCCGACCUAAAAACUUCCCACCAGGACCCCGUCCCCUGCCCAUCCUCGGCAAUCUGCUACAGCUGGAUCCUGUCAACCCCCUCAAAGACCUGGAAAGGCUGAAGAGGCGCUAUGGUAACGUGUUCAGUCUGUACAUCGGCUCACGGCCUGCAGUGGUUCUGAAUGGCCUGGAGGUGGUUCGUGAGGCACUGGUGACACGCGCAACGGAAUAUGCUGGACGACCAACCCACAUGAUGGGCAGCCACCUCUUCAAAGGCAAAGGGAUCGUCAUGGCCGAUUAUGGCUCCAGCUGGAGGGCCCACCGGCGCUUUGCUCUGACCACGCUGAGAAACUUUGGUGUGGGCAAACGCUCCAUGGAAGAGCGCAUCCUGGAGGAGGUGUCCCACAUCUGCACUGAGCUGGAGAGCAGUGCUGGUGCAGUCUCACACACACAACGUCCUAGCGGGUCGAUAGAUCCUCAGCACCUGUUCCAUCUGGCUGCAUCUAACAUCAUCUGCUCACUGAUUUUUGGAGAGAGGUUUGAAUAUGACGACCCGGUCAUCCUCACCCUCAUCCAGAGGUUAGAGGCGUUUACCAAGGAAGCUCUCGGACCCUGGGCCAUGCUCUAUGAAAUCAUGCCGGUCUUGAGGCCCCUCCCUUUGCCAUUCAGGAACGUUUUCCACAAAUUUGAUCAAGUGAAAGAACAUAUCAAGAAGGUUGUGACCAAGCACAAAAGUUCAAGGGUCGCAGGAGACCCCAGAGACCUCCUUGACUGCUACCUGGACCAGAUUGACAAGACAGCUGAUGGAGGCUCCACAUUUAAUGACACUCAAAUGGUGUCUCUACUACUUGACCUGUUCCUUGCUGGGACAGACACGACUUCCAACACCCUCCGCUCUGCCAUGCUAUACCUGAUGACCAACCAGCAUGUACAGGAUCGCUGUCACCGAGAGAUCGCCGAGGUUCUUGAGGGACGUGCAGACGCUUCGUUUGAGGACAGACAUGCCAUGCCGUAUGUUCAAGCCACGAUCCAUGAGGCACAGCGCAUGAGCGACACCGUUCCUCUUAGCGUGUUCCAUACUACCUGCAGCGACACACAAGUACACAGCUACCAGCUGCCCCAGGGCACAACGGUGAUUCCUAACCUGUCUUCAGUGCUGCAUGAAGAGGGCCAGUGGAAAUUCCCUCACGAGUUCAACCCUGAGAACUUCCUCAACGAGGUCGGAGAGUUUGUGAAACCAGAAGCCUUUCUUCCAUUCUCUGCAGGAUCUCGUGUGUGUCUGGGGGAGGGGUUAGCACGUAUGGAGCUCUUCCUGGUUCUAGUGACAUUGCUUCGGCGUUACCGAUUCGUCUGGCCUGAGGAUGGAGGUGUCCCAGAUUUCAGCCUCAUCUUUGGUGGGACACAGUCUCCAAAGCCCUACCGCCUUGGAGUGCGCCUGAGGAGCAGCGAGGAGCUACCCACAGUCUCCACAAGAGAACUCUAGUUCUGUCAGACAGCUAUAGAUCUUAUUCUGUAAUAAUUCAACUUCAUUUUAGUAAGUCAUCAGAUGAGUCGUUUUUCAACAAUGUGUAACCCACCAUUCAAUGCCUUAUCUGUGUCAGCUUCUGUAAGGAUCAGAUAUUGGAAUGAUCAUUCACAAACUAGAUCUUUCAGUAUGCUUGCAUGUAUUUUGUAAUCCAUACCAUUGUUAAAACUAUUGGUAUUGUGUUUAUGUUAAUUACAACGAAUUGUAUUUUCUUUUCAAGUUUUCAUAAGUAAAAUAAUCAUUACUAAAACCAUGUGACUUGGAUUAAAAAUGUGGACCUCUGAUUUUAUGUCCUCCCAUCCCCUUA